GUGGGGCAAAGCCCGGUCCCUGGGGGGCCCAAGGGCCCCGUCCCACCCGCUCCGGGGAGGGGGGGGGGGGGAGACGGGACGGGGACGGACCGACCCGCGCCGCGGCCCGGUUGCUUCACCGGGCAGGGUCGAAGUACAGGCGCCGGCAGCACGGGCCGCCCUCCCCCCCGCCGCGGCCGGACACACGCUCGCAGCCCUCGACGGAGGCGGCCGGGCCCGUGGCGAGGUGGAUGUGACAGCCAUGGCGCGGCUCUUCGGCUACGUGGACGUGACCGACUCUGGCUUCAUUGCGGCUGUCCUCUCCAUUGCCUUCAACCCCCUCUUCUGGAACGUGGUAGCCAGAUGGGAGCACAAAACGCGAGCACUCAGCCGAGUCUUCGGCUCUCCAUAUGCUGCCUGCUACUGCCUGGGCGCUGUGAUCCUGAUGCUUAACUGUGUGCGGAGCCAUUGCUUCACAGAAGCCAUGAAGAGCCAGCCGAAGCUGGAGGGCUUGGACUGCCAUUGGGCCUAUUACUCGGGCUUGGCCAUCUUGGCUGUAGGGACCUUGUUUGUCAUCUCCAGCUUCUUAGCACUGGGAUUCACCGGAACAUUCCUAGGUGAUUACUUUGGCAUCCUGAUGGAGGCAAAAGUGACCAGCUUCCCCUUCAGCGUCCUGGAUAAUCCCAUGUACUGGGGCAGCACGGCCAUCUACCUGGGCUGGUCCCUCAUGCAUGCAAGCCCAGCUGGCCUUUUGCUGACAGCUGUAGUGGCAAUUUCCUACACAAUUGCAAUGCUGUAUGAAGGGCCUUUCACAGAGGAAAUAUAUCGGCAGAAACAGAAGGGAGCAAAGAACAAGUAGCAACAGGCGGUGUCUCGGAUACCUCAGCACAGCGUGCCUCUCCGGUCUCCACGCUGUCCGAUUUGCCCGUUUUCCUACUGAGAUGUAUCCUACUAAUUAGCCCGGCAACCCUUAAUGAGCCAACUGAGCACCCUGCAGUAUUGAAAGCGAUCAGAGGAACAGCCCGAGCGUGGCGGCGCCUCCUCGCAGCUGCCCGUGGGAGCUGGAGGUCCCUGUCCCCAGGUCUCUGUCCCCAUUGCUGGGUCACUGCAGCUCCUGCCACAAAGGUAAUGGUCCCCCGAGAGCCGCAUGACGUGGGACCUCCUCACCUCUUCUCCUGCACCGAUUACUGGAGAUCUGCAGGGGAAAAAGCAAUUCAGCAGCAGCCCCGGACUGGAGGGCAAGCAGAGUAACGAUGGAGACACUGGGGGCCUUUUGUAAGCAAGCUCUGAGCAUGGGAAAGCACCAGCUCCGGCUGAUGCUGAAGAUCAUCUGAAGAUGCUGCCAAAGAGCCACAGGAAGAAAACAAAAGCUUGGGCGAAGCAAUGGGGUGGGUUCGGGAGCCCCUGGGACAUUCAAACAUGGCUGGAGAAGGAAGAGGGGAAACUGCUGCAAACUCAACAACAACGAAACCUGCUACAAAUCCAAUAACAAACCCCGUCUUUUCAGGGAGAGGGAAACCUCCCCGUCCAGAGCUGUUUUCCCAGCUGUACAGAGCCCUGUAGCAUCUCCACGCUAUUUGCAAAGGCUCCGAGAAAGGUGACUGAAAGCACGUAGAUGUGAACGUAUGACCUAAACCACUGCCCGAGGGGGAAGGAGGGAUGGCAGCCGUCUCAUGGGGAAACUCCAGCAUGGAGAAGACCAAGGGGAAGAGUCGAUCCCUGCAGAUAUCCCAUCCCUGGCCAUGUCGGUGCCCCGGCCCCCUCCACACCCACCCGGUCCCUUCUUUUCCCUGGGGGCCACAUGAGUGUCCCGCCUGCCUUCCCCACCACCCAGUGCCUUCCAGCUAUUUUUCACUGCCUUGCAGGGGCGGUGGGUGGGUGGGUGGGAGGAAGGGAAAGGGCUGCUUCUGCCUGCAGAAGCCGGGUACAGAUCUGCCCCUCCGCCCCGCCACCAGCCUCGGCGAGUCCCAAAGAGCCCGGUGCUGGAUCCUGCCCUGAACGGGAAGGUCCCAGGGGUGAUGCUCCAGACCCAGGCUCAGUGUUUACAUUCCCAGAACAGUUUGAGAAAUAAGCUAUAAACGACCAAAAAAAAAAAAAGCAGCGUAAAGUCCCCGGCAGCAGCGCUGGAGAAGGGAGCAGCUGCUGGCUCCUGCGCCGGCACCGGGAUGCAGUGCCAUGUCUCAGCAUCGUGUUGUCCCCUCCGCAGAGGGUCCUCCUUUUUCUCAGUGUCACCUCCGCGAAACGGUCCGAUUUCCUUUUGCUUUUGCAUGUUGUAAUUCACCCUUCGGGCAUUGCUCAGCAGGAAUUAAAAAUGUUGGUUUCUUUUCA